UAUUCCCCAACUGGUUGGAGGAAUUUGUUGCAAAAAAUUUUCCAUCCACGAUUCCAUAGGUGCCCUUAGUGGCAGGCGCCCUGGCACGCUCUCUAGCUUGUGCAACUUGUCCUAUUGAGCUUGCGAGGAAACUUUUGUAUUGUGACUUCGUUCCUUUUUACACAGUCAUCGUCCGCUUUGCUUUGCUUUGCUUAGUUGCAGCGAUCGCUUCCUAUCAGCAAGCCUGAUAAUGCUCACGCUCUCCUCUGCAAAACCCGUGCUUCUGCGAGGUAGAACUUUUUUUCCCUUCAUAUGCACAAGAUUCCCUAGGCAAGUGGGGGCCAAACAAACCAUGUCUUCGCACGCAGAAGGUCCCGAAAUGAAGGAGUUCGUGGAUUAUCUCGACUCUCUGAAGAACUACGAGAAAUGGGGGGUGCCCAGAGGAGCAGGCACGGAUUCCUGCCAAGGGUUCGAUCUUGGUAGAAUGAGAAGACUAAUGGAGCGGUUCGGUAACCCUCAGUCUAAAUUCAAGGCCGUCCAUAUUGCCGGGACCAAGGGAAAAGGAUCAACGGCUGCGUUCAUUUCUAAUAUUCUGAGGACAGAAGGCUAUUCUGUUGGGUGUUAUACUAGCCCACAUAUCCAGACUAUAAGGGAACGCAUUUUACUUGGAAGAUCUGGCGAUCCUGUUCCAGCGAAAAUACUGAAUUGUCUUUUUCGCAGGAUCAAGCAGAAUCUUGACCAAGCAAUGAGUGAGGAAAAUGGUUGCUUAAGUCAUUUUGAGGUUUUCACUGCCAUAGCAUUCAUCCUAUUUGCUGAAGAGAAGGUUGACAUUGCAGUUAUUGAGGCCGGGUUGGGAGGUGCACGUGAUGCAACUAAUAUUAUAUCCCCCUCUGGACUUGCUGCAUCAGUCAUAACCACUGUAGGUGAGGAGCAUUUGGCUGCUCUUGGGGGUUCUUUGGAAACUAUUGCGGUAGCUAAGUCAGGAAUCAUAAAACAAGGCCGUCCAGAAGGCAUCACUGUUUUUAUAGUCUUUCGUCUGCCCUGACCCCUCUGUCUCUUAAGG